AUGAGCGCGCCGUGGCCUGGUCAGACCAAUGGCGUCUACAUGAACCCAUCCAUGUCGUCGCUUUAUGCGAAUCCCAAUUCCUCCAACAUCGACCUCAACUCGUUCGCCCAGAAUGGCAGCAUAAACCCCCAGCAGGCCUUUGGCGCUCCGCAACAGACUUACAACGUCAACUCGGUCGUGCCCUCGAAGCGUCCGCGUCCCUCGGAAGAUCAGAUGCAUCACUCGCCGCAUGCCCCGUCACAGUCACUAGACAUGUCACGAUCGCAAACCCCAAUGCAGGCCGGUGCCCCCUUCGGCGCAUUCAACUCCCAACAACAGCAGCAACAAUCCUUCCAAGCUCCGCCCACCCCCUACCAACAUCUGCAGCAGAACCCUUCAGCCUCGACCAAUGCUACCCCGUCACCGACCAUGCAGCCCCAGCAGUUCCGUCCGCCUCAACAGCCACCACAGCGCAUGUCGACAGCCUCGCCGGCCACCUUCGCACAGACCAUGUCUCCCGCGCCCCCGACCGCGUCAAACAACAUGAUGCAACCCGGCACUUUCACUCCGCAGCAGUCGUUCGGCGCAAACUUCAACCCUUCCUCGUCGCAAGCUAUGAACAUGUCUCAGGGCAUCACUUCUGUGCCUCAGAUGCAGCAGCAAUACCAGCAGAAGCUCUAUCAGCAGCGCCUGCAACAGCAGCAACAGCGCUUACAGGCUAAUAGUAUGGCUCAGGUGCGCGCCAAUGCUGCGCAGACGGCUGCUGGCUUCAACCCAGCGGCUGCUGCGGCCAAUGCUAGUGUUGGAAGCGCCAAUGGCAUGGGCACCCCUGGACAGCCAUCUGCGCAAUCAAGUCAGCAAAAGCAGGAACAGUGGAUGCGAUCGUUGCAGCAGUUCUGUCAACAGAACAACAGACCUUUCAACCCUCAGCCCCAAGGCUGGCCUACGAUCGCGCAAAAGGUCGGCUUUAACCUCCAACAAUAUCCUACGGCCGCACAAGAAUUGCAACAAUUGUUCGAAAACAACCUCGGCCAAUAUGAGCGCGUCUUCAUGCAAGCUAGAAUGCAGCAACGUCAGCAGCAAGCUUCCUUGCAGGCGCGCCAGUUGGCUGGGCUAGGCACUCCGAAUCCCGCUCAAGGCUCACCAGGCCGUCCCAACGAUCAGCUCUCUGCACAGCAGCAGACAAUGAUGGAGAUGCAGCAAAAAGCCCAGCAACAACAGCAGCAGAUGCAGCAGGCCCAGCAAGCGCAACAAGCCCAACAGCAGCAGCAAGCACAACAAGCUCAGCAACAACAACAACAACAACAACAACAACAGUUGCAGUUGCAACAACAACAAAUACAGGCCCAGCAACAGCAACAAUUGCAACAACAACAAGCCGCUCGGCAACAACAGCAGCAGCAGCAGCAAUCGACUCCUGUGCCUAUGAUGAAUCCCCAAGCCACACCAAUGCAGCGUCCUACUCCUACACCCGUCAAUGGAAUGGCCACUCCACAGAAUGCCAUGCAGCACUCGGCCUUGAACGAGUUCCGUCGUACAUCGAGUGUUGGUAAGCUCGACUCUGUACCACCACCAGACCAAGAGCUAGCUCGAGUCUCUGCAUCACCAGCAGUCAAGACCCAGUCAGAAGCAGGCGGAACCCCAGGCAUCAAGCGCGAAGCUAGCACUGCUGAGUUGAAACACAUUACUGGCCAGGAGACAGAGUAUGAGCCCCAUAGACGUAGCCUGGACUACUAUGGUGGAUACGACAUUCUCCCAUUAGCCAAGCUUGGUGGUGAGAUUGCUCGCCUGGUUCCCGAUGUGCCUAUGGUUGAUGAAAUGGGGCUAAUCGACAUCCGAGCUCUUACCUUGAGUCUUCAGUCUGGCAUUCAUGCUGAAACCCGUCACGCCUUGGACCAUCUGACAUUGAUCUCGAUAGAACCGCGCAUCAACUUGGAUCUUGACAAGUGCGAAGACUUGACAGACGUGCUUGUUGAUUGCGCGGAAGUUCAACUUGACAUCCUUGCGGAUGGUGCUGCCGAAGUCUCGGACGGCCUCGACCUGCCAUCUUAUGAAGAUCUCGUCAAAUCGUGUCGCAUCGAGAACGAGUCUUUGCAAGACAUCCCUGCCGUUGGUACUCAGGAGUACGAGUUGGAUCGUGCCGCUGAUCGCCUCAUUGCCGUCACGACACUACUGCGCAACCUUUCCUUUAACGAAGCAAACCACCGCCUGCUAUCAUCCAAUUCUGUUGUCAACUUUGUCUCAAAUGCAAUACGCUUGCUGGGCACUCGCAACACUUUCCUCCGGACCUCGAGGAACGUCGCAGACUUCUACAAAGAUAUCAUCACGUUCCUCUCUAAUAUCACUGGUAUCCUGGAGUUGCCGAGCCGCGAUGAUGCUCUUCACAUCCUUCAAUUUAUUUUGGCCUUUGCUCCUCAGCCAGCGCCUACAAUCUCCUCCGAUUCUCCGUUACUAUUCAGCCCUUACAUACCUUUGGCGCAACGACAUCUUCCGCUGGCAGUUGACUGUCUUGCAAAACUCUUGGCUCGCCAAGAACCUAAUCGAUCAUUGUACCGCAGCAUUUUUACUUCAUCACAAGCGCCCAACUCGUCCGAGUCUGUGCCACCAGCAGAUUUGCUUACCUCUGCGUUUGCUCUGAGCAUCUCCGUCUUGCCUGAACGCUCAAAACGAGCCUUUUCCACUACAGUCGAACUCAAGAUGGUGGAAGCCAGGAAGGCUUUGUUGACGCAGGGCAUGUUGGCUGCUGAUAUCUUGGCGUCAAUGGUCCCGACAGCACAGUCGUCCGAGGACAACGACGAGAACAAUCUUGCUCGCGCGUGGCUUGGGUCUGAUGACCGCUGGCCUGGAGGUCUAUUGCGUAUGGCUUUUGUGCUUUCAGUCGACCGCACUGCACAAGCACAUAGGCUACAGCCCGGACACCCACACAUGCCGCCAAUGGAACCAGACAUGCAGAGCUAUGGUCUCAUAACACAUCGCGGGCUAGGUAUGUUGGCAAGAUUGGUGGAGAAGGCCGGACUGCCUGCUUCGGAGAAGGCAAGGACGGCCUCUGGAGACGACGAGUCACGAGAGGAUGGCGCUCGCGGUGACGACGAUGAUGACGAGGAAGACCAAGAUGAGUUUGAUGAACAUUACAAGCCCACGCCCAGCUGGAUAGCAAGGUGUAAUCCGGCUCCCCAGCGGGAGACGGUUCUCGGCGCUCUAUUGUCGCCAGACGCAGAUAAAGUGGCCUUGAAGCUGUUGUGCAAACUUUACGAUAUGGCGGCCGCAUGA